CCCUGUAACUAUGUCAACGAGAAUUUAGGCAGUUAGGGGAAAGUAAACAGCUCGUGAACAUGCUGGAUGCACUUUACACGCUUUGAACCUCGGAAAACUUUCAUCUCUAACAUCCUGGUGAAAUAUGUGACAAACAUGACAAAAUGGGGAAAAGUUUUUUGUAUGGCACCGAGCAGAUGUAUGCCAUCUCCAACUAUACAAGACUGCUGGUGUCUCUUCCUCCCUCCUCUCCCUCACCUCACGAGCCAUUGUAAACAAGCAGGCCGAUCACAAACUGUCACAGAAGAGGAUGCUGCACAGUGCUUAAAUACAGCCACAGUUGAUCUGCUUUUAUAGACACACGCACAGAUUCUGCUCCAUUCUGCACCAUUCUGCUCUCCUAAAACAUCCCAGCUCACAUGUCUGCAGAGAGGUUUUGAUUCAACUUACCUAGUCUGCCGAAAUGUGCCUUUUCAGAGCGGCCUUGCUGUUUGCUGUACUGGAUUUCAUUUCAUGUGUUGCAUAUCUAGCAUCUUUUAACAUGGGAGGAGUCACAGGCCGAGUGCAGUUUGACUCUGAAAAGAAGACAGCCACCUUACUGGUAACAGGUGCAGGAUCCUGCAGUGCUGUAAGCAUUUCCCUCACUGUGUUCCCCGUCAUGUACGGCCACUUCGCUCAACCCUGCUCUGAGGCACACAUUGGUGUCAACAUCUUCACCUUCACUGCUGAUCCUUCCUCCACCUCUCCCAUCAGUGUGUCACGCCUCUUUGAACUAAAAUCAAACUUGGAUGACCUGUCAGUGUCUUUGGAGACAUGUGACGGCAUUAAAGUAUGCACAGUUGUAAAUCGAGGUCAGACACAACUGACUCGCCAGGCGAGAUUCACAGAGUCUGUUGCUGGUAACAUUUACAUACGUGCUAAUGUAAAUAAUGGCAACCCUAGGCUUCUUUCUGACCUCGUGAAUAUUGGUCAGGUGAAUGCCCCACAAAUCAGCAUCAACAUCUUUGGAUCCACAAGUACAGCAGCUAAUUGUAAAAUACUGCUUCGAAGCUUAAAUCCAAUAUUUUUAGCAAAUCUGGGAAGUGUGAAAGUCGGAAACCCUAUGAGUCCUCAGAAAUCCCGUCUGGAUUUUAGUAGCUUUAGAGUGUACUCGUAUCUUCUCCUUGAGGUGGGGUCCGGUUACAAGUGUGCUCAGGUAUACAACAUGCCAGAGAAAGAAGUGAGAGCUGUCAUGAACAUGAGAGGAAUCAAGGGACAUUUCAACUUCCGUCAGGCUUCACCGUUUGAUGUGACAGAGCUUAGCUUGAAUCUGGAAAACUUAAGGGAAUUAGUUGGCCCCUACCACGUCCACAGUUUUCCUGUCCCUUCAGUCAGGUCAGGCCAGUGUUCAAAUGAUAAUGUGGGUGGACACUGGAAUCCAUUUGCUGUUGACACAACUUCUCCACCAGGGCCUGGAUCAACUCAUGACAAGUAUGAGAUAGGUGACCUGAGUGGCAAACACAUGUCUCUUUCUGGUAGAAGUACAUAUCAAAUGACAUUCACUGACUUCAACCUUCCUCUGUUUGGACAGAACAGCAUUGUAGGUCGCUCAGUUGUGAUUCACCUGGUCAGUAGUGACACGUACGCGUGUGCCAGCAUUGGCUAUCCUGGUGCAGUGACAGUAGCCAGUGCCACAUUUCAGACCCCUGUGGUGGGAAAGAUUAUCUUUACUCAACAGGACCAGAAUUGA